GUGAAGUAAAGAGGGAAGUGGGAGAAGUUCUGUUGUUGUUGCAUGCUUCGCCAUGUCUAAUUGAGGCAUGUCUGCUUAGAUUUUUAGUUUCUUUAUGGCUUAAAUUAUGUCUUUAAGGAUGAAGCUAAGCCCUUCGACAGAGAUCUGUGCCGACUGUAGUGCACCUGGACCAGAAUGGGCAUCUGUAAAUCGAGGCGUGUUUAUCUGCGACGAAUGCUGUAGCGUUCACCGCAGUUUGGGUCGUCAUAUUUCUCAAGUAAAGCAUUUGAGACAUUCUUCCUGGAGUCCAACUUUACAAGCGAUGGUACGACAGCUUGUAACAAAUGGGGCAAACUCAAUUUGGGAACACUCACUUUUGGAUCCAAAUCAGAUGAAGAGUGGAUUAAGGAAACCAAACCAAAAAGACCAUGUUCAUCCCACAAAGUCCACUUUCAUCAAAGCAAAAUAUCAGAGGCUUGCAUUUGUCCCUCGGCUACCUUGCAAAGAUGAUGAUACCAUAACUGUCUCAGACCUUAGUCAGCAACUUCACUCAAGUGUAAGAACAGGAAAUUUAGAGACAUGUUUGAGACUUCUCUCACUUGGUGCUCGCCCGAAUUAUUUUCAUCCAGAUAGAGGCAAUACUCCUCUUCAUGUGGCAGCUAAUGCUGGGCAACCUUUACAGGUGGAACUCCUUAUUGUACAUGGUGCUGAUCCCACAAAGCCGGACAUUAAUGGAAAGACACCUGUGGAUUAUGCCAUGGAGGCUGGUUAUUCAAAUAUUGCGCAGCGACUCAUAGAAGUUCAGUUUGAGCUUACAGACAGACUUACGUAUUAUUUAUGUGGCAGAAGACCUGAUCAUCAAAAUGGCAUUCAUUACCUUAUACCGACCAUGGCAGACAGCCGGCUGGAUUUAUCAGAUGAUGCUCAAAAAGCAAAGUUAAAGCUACAAGCUUUAAGUCAUCAUCUCUUUGAAGAACUGGCAUCUGAUGUGUAUGAUGAAGUAGAUAGAAGAGAGUGUGAUGCAGUUUGGCUAGCAACACAGAAUCACAGUGCUCUUGUUAGUGAUACAACAACAGUGCCAUUUCUUCCAGUUAAUCCUUCAUUCUCUUCAACAAGAAACCAGGGAAGGCAAAAGUUAGCAUUGUUUAAUGCAAAAGAAUUUGCAACAUUAAUCAUUGAUAUACUGAAUGACGCAAGACGGAGAGAACAAGACUCCAAUCCUGACUUAACUCAAGGUUUCGUUGAAUCACACAUUUUCCCAAUUGAAGAAGAUGCAUAUGAUCACGAAUAUGACGAAGUACCAUCCGACGAGGAACCAGUGGAUAAGGAAUCCACGCCGGAGAACCCCUCAGCAAUGACUACUAAAGUGCAGAUCGAAAAGGGAACAACUACAAGCUUUCUGGCUGAUGACUCCGUUCCUUUGGAACGCUAUGUAGCGGUGGAAAGUGCUCUGGCGACAGCUAAUGCUCGAGUACAACAGCUUCUACAAGUUAAUGCGAACCAGAGUCACGAAAUUCAGAAUCUUCAAGCAAUGGUUCAUAAGUUGGAAGACGAAAAUAAGAACUUGAGAAGUCAAUUAGGAAUACUUAAUGGCAGUGAUGACAGUGUGUUUGCGCCGCCAGCUUACCCAGACGUCAGUGACGAAGAGGAUCACGUGGACAUCGAAAACAUAGAACCGUAUGCCGCCCCGGGCUCCCUUUUAAACCGUACUGCUCAACACACUCCCCUAGGGAAGUCUCAGGCCGGGGAAAUGACCAAAACUAAAAAAGUCAAUCCUUACGAUAAUGUAACGGACUCGCCGGAUGACCCGGACGGAGAACGAAGAUAUCUCAAUAUUGAAGAGAUGAGGGAACAUGAGAGAAUGAUUUCUUCGGACAGUCCUUUUGACGAGCAACUGGAUCGGGAGGCUGAGAAGUUGAUCCAUGCUGUGGAUGAUUUGGUCAACGAAGCUACGAAAGAUUCCAAAUCGCAGCCAUCACAAGAGGAUGUUGUGCGGUGCACUGAACAAAUCACCAAAAAAAUUCAGGAACUGUUGCUAUCAGCGCAAGCUGGAAGACACAGCUGUUUUAUUCCCUGUUCAAGUAAUAUUUUCACCGCUGUUAAUGACAUGGCUAGCUUAUUUCCAGAGGACCCAGAUGUGGACAGUAUGCGUGUCUCGCUGCAGCUGAUGAAGAGCAGCGCCGCUAGGCUGCAGGUAGAAUGCAAGAGUGCUGUAUUGCCUGGUAACACGGUAGAUAUGGCGUUUCUCACUCAGCAGGUCAUACAGUGCGCUUACGAUAUUGCUAAAGCUGCAAAACAACUUGUCACCACGUUUUCAGUUGACUAGAAGGUCUUAUUUUCUGAGGAACUGGCAACCAGAGAUUCCACAAAAAGGGUCUCCGCGGCAUCUCUAGGAUUUCUCACUUUGCUGGGAGACGGAGAAAUCAUCUCUGUCUAACAGAGUGCUAUUUGUUUGAAUGAAUGGUUUCAGUUUUAGUCCAGAUACUGAUAUUCUUCAAAUGAUUGGUUCAAGUCAAAGUAGUGCAGCUGAUAUGAAACUUUCCUGUAAUAAUUAGGUUCUACUUUGCCAUUAGGUUUUUUGGAAUUCAGUUGAGUCAUUGUCCAAUUUAUAAGUCUUGUCUGUCAGUCUCUAUUAAUGCCUGGCGAUCCAUUUUCGUAACUCAAAGUUUCCUUUUUUCUCAUUUGAUUCUUGUUUUUUUGUUUGUUUGUAGUGUUUCAUUGAAUAGUUUUUGAUUGGUGGCGCAGUAGAACUUGGUCGUUGUCACAUGUUGCAAUCCAAAGUUGGUUUCUUAGUAAACUUACAGAAAGAUGCAACAGCGUUAUAGUGUGCAUUUUACAUUAGACAAGUUCAUAUAAGUAUUAAAGUCAGAUAUUUAGUAAUGAUAGUAGUUUGUAGUUUAAAUCGUAAAAUUAUGUAAAGUAUUUUCUUAGUGUUGGAAACUUUCUUUCGAAGCAGGUCAAUGUCACUUUCAGGGUAUACCAAAGAAGUCAAUUGCGCCGAAAGGACAGGAAAAUUUCAGACACCCCACUGCUUUUGGAUUUAUUUUAAAUCUCACUAUCGAGCCAUCCCAUAUAAUGGAAAGUUGUGUUAUGGCCGCCAGAAACUGGCUUCAACCUGCUCGGGCUAUUCCAAACUAUCUCGUCCGCGUCAAUGGCCAUAACGCAGAUUUCGCUUUCCUACGCCCGUGGGGCGAGCCUUCUUUUUUUAAACGAAGUAUGGUAUGUCUGAAUUUUGAAAACAAUCACUCGAUAGGCAACCAGUUCAUUGAAGGGUAUAUACAGGAAAGCUUGGACGACUUUUAAUGGAAUUUAUUUUCAUCACAACACUUUUGAACAGGCUGGUCGAUAUAAUCCAAAAGGUGACGAUGAUUUAGGACUUGAAACGGGGUAUAAAGAUAGUCAUCGACUUGUAUUGUAAUUCUUGCCAAAUCGUCCUAGUUUGUUUUAACCGUGGAGAACAUAUCAUACAUGUGGUGUUGUGGUUAUUACGUGUGGUGUAAGGGCUUUUUAUUACGGUGGGCAAGCUUUGAACAUUCCAUUCAAAAGCUUAUCAUUUGCACUUCAAUUUACUUUCUUAGCCAAAGGUUCCCUGUCCCACUUCCCCUCUCCUUCCCCCCGUUUUCUCUCACGGGUUUACAGAGGCCCCCAUUUUUUCCUUUCCGACUUGGUGGGAAAUCAUAUUAGGAACUGACAUCCAGAGCUUGCUCGGCAAGGAGACCUCUUUUGAUACAUGCAAGGAAUGCAGAUUAGUGUUAGAAAUUCUGGUUGGCUUGAAUCAACAGCCUAUAUUUCGCAACAACUCAAAGUCGACUAGAGUUUUGAAGAAGCGUAGAGGUAUAAACAACCAAGACUGAUGUUGCCGUUGAUCGGCGAAAGCUCGGAUUUAUGAAACAUUUUACUUUUUACAGCAGUGUAAGGCUUCAUUCGAUUAAUUUAUAUAUAUUUCAACAAUGCUGCUGAAGGACAACAUGAACAGAUUAUUAACCAAGACUACGGUUACACAUUACCGAACGGAUCUAUUAGAAACUUUCGUUCAAUUAGGUACAGCUUCCUCUUAGUCCCAUGCCACCGUUUGAAAAUUCAGACACGUAACCGUUCAAAAUUUGAACUCCAAAUAAAGUCGUUAUGCUGAAAAAUAGAACCGGCGACGCCAUGUUAUCACUUUUCCUCGUUCAAAUUUUUGUACGGCGUGGGUGCGUGAUGACUCGGCUUCUUUUCAAAGUAUGUUAUUCGUGAUCGUGUACCAUAUGAUAAAGAAAAUUAUUAUGAUAAAUUGUACUUAACUACAUAUUAAAUAUAGCGUGUGAUUUAAAAGUGAAGAUGAUUAAAAGAACGUAUAGUAUUCAGUAA